GGCGACGGCCGAUGACGUCAUCUCGGCGCGACACUCGGAGCAGCGCGGAGGCAGCUGGCGGUUCUCCUGCACGUCGUGUUCCCUCUCUAUGACUUAGCUCAGCUAGCUUAGCAUCACAACAUGUCCGUCACCGAGAUGUUCAGCUACAUCCGGGGCUUCCUGAGCGCCGACCAGGACGUCAGAGAGGAUAUCCGUAAAGUGGUCCAGACGUUGGAGCAGACUGCCAGAGAAAUACUGACCGUCCUCCAGAGUGUGCACCAGACGUCAGGGUUCAAAGAAAUUCCCAGUAAAUGUGCAAGAGCUCGGGAGUUGUUCUGCACAGUCAGGACGCAGCUCGGCGACCUGAAGACAAAGUUUCCUGUGGAGCAGUAUUACAGGUUCCAUGAACACUGGCGCUUCGUCCUGCAGCGUUUGGCGUUCCUCGCUGCCUUCGUCGUUUACCUGGAGACGGAGACUCUGGUGGUCCGGGAGGAAGUGGCCAAGAUCCUCGGCAUCGAGGUGGUGAGGGAGAAAGGCUUCCACCUGGACGUGGAGGACUACCUGGCAGGUGUGCUCAUCAUGGCCAGUGAACUGUCUCGGUUGGCGGUGAACAGCGUGACGGCGGGCGACUACACCCGGCCGCUCCGCAUCUCUAACUUCAUCAACGAGCUGGACUCGGGCUUCCGGCUGCUGAACCUGAAGAACGACCCGCUGAGGAAGCGGUACGACGGCCUGAAGUACGACGUGAAGAAGAUCGAGGAGGUGGUGUACGACCUGUCCAUCCGCGGGCUCGCCAAGGAGGCCGACACCCCCGCGGACAAGUAGAGACACCCGGAGAGCCACCGCGACACACGCCUGGGGGAUCAAACCCACGGUGCUCCGGCAGCCGAGGACGGGCGGAGUGAGUGAGAGGAGCUUCAGAUGAACGAAUGACUGUUCAAGAUCCAACAUUCAGUUUGUGGCUGUUUGUUUUUUUUAAGCUUCAUCUUAUUGUUUACGGAGCUGAUUCUGAAUCAGUUUGUUCUUAUUGCAUCACUUUGUAUUGAUGUUAAACAGGAGAUCUUUCUCUCUUUUUGUCUGUUUAUUUGCAAAAAAAAGGAAAAAUGUGUUUGUGUUUAUUUGAAAAGGGGAACAUUCUGAGAAACACAACCAGGACUGUACGUCUGAAACCAGAUCCUGUUUGGGUCCUAAUGCCUCAUGUUGUCAAUAUUAUUAUUCUAAACCGUCACCAGACAACGAUAUCUGCCUAGCAACUGAGAUGGUUACUUUAUUCCCCCGGAUACUCAUUAUAAUUAUAAUUAAAGGAAUAAUUCAACAUUCUGGGAUGAAUCCAAACAAACAGGAGCCUCAUUUAUGAAGGAAAUAUUCAACACAAACAAUCAGAUGAUUCCAUUUAAAAUCCAAUAAAACCAUUUUACAGCAUUAUAACAUGAUUAGAUGAUUUCUCACUUUGAUAAAGAUGUCUUUUGGUCAUAAGCUCCAAACCUUUAUUCACCUUUACUUCAAUAAAUGAGGCUCCAGGAGCUGCUGGCGAUAUGUUUGUGCUGCAUGUGUGCCUUUGUUUCCAUCUUGCAGGUCUAGUUUUGCUUCUCACCUGUGUCCUGCAGUGAUGACGUGCUCUUCCCUUGUACCGUUCUGUAUUCCUGUCUUUGAAUCAGUUGUCUUAAAAGAUGCUUAAAAAAACCGACUGUAAAUAUAUUUCUACAUUCUAACAUUUCCAUCUGCGUCACACUUUAUAAAAAAAGAAUAAAAAUGAGAGAAUUGCACAAGAAGAGGAGGUCGUGUUUAAAAUCUUUUUAAUAUAAUUCACAAUAUGUUACAUCGGGGGGGAGAUAAUACAUCAGGUCGUCCAAAAAUGCAAAUGAGGAGAACAAAAGAACCCGUUUGCAGCUCAGCCGGUUUGUUUUUCUUUCUUGGUCGUCGUGGCGACGCAGUGAUCUGCUACCUCUUCUAGUGCUACUUCAUCUCAAACACAAGACGGGUUUGGUUUCAUGACGACCUGCUGACGUU